AUGACCAAGUUGAUGUUCGUCAUCCGUGGUCGAAUUGGCAGGGGACUGCGUGCCCGUAUCUGUGUCGGUGCUUGGUCAGACCGUGCCGUGGGACUCGCUCGUCGUAUUUACGCCCUGGGAGGCCGCAAACCAUCUCGAACCAUCCGCGUGCUCGCGUGUCAGGUCGUAAUCCUCAUCCCUGAUGCCCUGUGGCGUGUUUCCCAGAGCCAUCAACGACCGAUAGAACCCAUUCCCUCGGAUAUCCUAUCAGGAUAG